AUGCCCCGAAGCAGCAAGUUCUAUAAAGGCAUCAGGGACAGAGAGAAGGGCCCCUUGGCGAACGCUAAGUUUCUGCGCAGUAAGAUGGGUGUGCCCAGCAAAUACAAGGUGGAGGUUCUGUAUGAGGACGAGCCUCUGAAGAAGUACUACACCCUCAUGGGCAUUGCCUACAUCUACCCCUGGCAGCAGAAUGGCCCUUUCCCCCUCAAGUACAGCGUGCAGCCAGCCUGCAAGCUGCUCACCUUGGGCACCAACACCAGGCGGGCAUCAGUCACCAGUGUGAGUCAGUCAACAAGCUCCCAGCCCUGCCAUGCUGCCGCCACCCCUUCUUCCCUGCCCAGCCCAGCCCCCUCUCCUGGCUCUCCCAGCUCCCGCCCCACCUCCCCCAACCCCUGGGCUGCAGCAGUCUUGCCUAGAAUUCCUAACGAAUGA